AAUAGUUGAGCAAAUUUUCUUUUUCUUUCCAACUUUGAGAAGUUCAAACUUGAAAAUCCAACUGUCCAAACUCCAAAGUCUCCAAUACCACGUAAUUACCACCUCCACCACCACCUUCUCACCGGAACUAAAACCAAAACCACCGCUUCUCACUCCCUAAUCACUUUCUCUCUCCUACAAAAACUACACAUUCCAGAACCUUCUUUCGCCAUGGGAGGACCUUCAAGGUGGACUCCCACCAUCCUCAUACUCGCCAUAACAGCAAUCUCGAUCUUAGCACCAGUUCAAGGAGACGACAACAACCAUGUCUACACCCCUUGCCGCGACACUACAGUGCAGCGCGACGAUGGGUUCACAUUCGGAAUUGCGUUCUCAUCCAGGUCGUCUUUCUUCUUCAACAAUAAUGCUUCGGUUCAGCUCUCACCUUGCGACCAUCGCCUUUCUCUCUCCUCCUCUAACUCGCAACUCGCGCUUUUUCGGCCUAAGGUUGACGAGAUCUCUCUCCUCACUAUCAAUUCAUCUUCCUUCUCUCCGGAUUCAGCUGGUGGGAAUAUGGUGGCUUUUGCUGGCUCAAAAUAUGCUGCAAGAUCUCCUCCUGCAUUUGUUGCAAAUAGCUCCUUCAUAGUGACUAGUUUUACUCUGAUUCUAGAAUUUAAGCAAGGCCGACUAGAAAAUUUGUUCUGGAAAAGGGAUGGAUGUGCAUCGUGUGAAGGCAAGUCUAAGUUUGUGUGCCUUAACAACCAGGAUUGUGCAAUCAGAAUGAAUGACUGCAAGAAUCGAGGUGGCUCAAUGGAUUGCAGCCUUGGCAUACAAUUGGCCUUUUCUGGUACAGAUAAGCAUUAUACAGUUCUUAACUCUUGGUAUGAAGUGGAGAACCUUCGGCAAUAUUCACUAUUUGGUCUAUAUUCCAAUUUGCGCAAGUCUUUCUCUGAUCAAUUCAGCAACUUCUUCUGAUUUUUUUUACUGUUGUGGUUUUUCUCUGCGUUUUCAACUGCACAAUUCCUCAAUUUAUUCACCUUUAAUUCUCCAGCAGUCUUGUGUGAAAAUCUGUAACAUGUUUUGGGUAUGUAAUUGUUUUUUAAUAUUUGUUUUACAAUGUAUAUUUAAAAUGAGAUAAUGUGAUUAAUUAGUCGUUGUUUGCGUA